CGAUGCUACUCUCGACAAGAAGGGCAUGGCAGACAUGUUGGAAAAACUUGAUUCAAGCAAUCUCUAGUUGACACUCGCUAAAUAAACGCUUAUGAAUUUUCAGUCAUGAGGAUAUAUAAACGAUCAAACUACCAGUCGGUUACUCGAUUCACCCAACACACAGAGCUAAGAUGGUCCGAAAAGUUUCUUAUCGAGAUGGAUACCAUCUUAUCUCUUUCAUGGUCUGUCUCUGUUCAAGCCUUUGUCCUCCUGGUUAAUGUAAUAGCCCUAGCGAUUUGCGAGUGCAAAUUGUUACUAGACUAUUUACAAAGCUAUAAGCACCUUUUCGGAGAGAAAGAUUGCUCGUGUGAUCUGAUAGCUGUUUCGCUUUCGGUUUAUUUGCUAGUAGUAGGCGGACACCUGGUACUAUUGGAGAAGUGCAUUGUCAAGAUUAUAAGAAAACUUCCAAAAGUAACAUUGGACAUGAAAAUGAAAGCAAGGCAUUUACGACAAGAGAGACGGAGACUGGACAAGAACUACAAGAAUAGACUCAAUCUGAACAUGGUCAUUCGACGUUAUGCCUGGCAAAAGCUUCUAGAAAACUCAUCCGAACAAACAAGAGAUUUUCUUACCAAUGUCGCGUUGGAGAAACGCUUCAUCUGUGAUGUGGACUGGGCUCCGCUGACCUUCGAUCAGAAGGUCACCAAGUUAUCUCCCAAGGUGAAGGACGAACCUACAAUCAAAACUCACCUCGGAGACAUACAGACAGGAACGAAAUGGGUGCCACUGAUGUCGUGUUACUAUGACAACCAAACCGACUGUAAACAAAGUCACGCUUUUAGAGGAUCACGUGACACGACAACAUGGGUGGACGUGGACCUGGAACAAUAUUACAGGGUCGACAAUGAGGUCUGUGUGAAGUUAAACCAGUUUGGAACCGCGCAUAGUUUACUAAUGGACGAAAAGGAUACCCUUAAUCUAACCAAGGUCAAAGGUGAAGUGUUCCAAAAGCUUCACACCUGGGAUGCCGACUCGCAGGUUGAAGUUGAGCCAUCGUCUCGAGCCCAUGCUCAGCUGUUAGCGAGACAAGAGUGCUCUGUAUAUGAGUUUGAGAUUCGAACCACUUUGUCCAACCCUAAAGGUGUAGUCCCUGUUACCUUUCAACACAAGAAGGUAGACAUCAUAUUUGUGGUAUUCAUUGAAGACUUCCAAAAGGCUUUUCAGCUUGUGGAAGAGGGAGGGGUUCUCUUUCAAAAAGAUAAAAGGUGUGUGGAGUUGAUUGAGGAGAAGUGGCUGGACAAAGAUGGCGUGGAGAACUCGACCACCCACCCCCAGAUCAUCACCCGGGGCUCUAUGGUCUGCCUCAGCUGGACUGACCAGAGAGUGGACAUCAAGACCAGUCCAUUGUCAAUGGACGAGUCCACUUCUGAUGGGGACCACAACAUGAACAAGACGCCCGUCUGUCACACUGAAGAAGACCCAAGCGUCGACUCAUUUGUUAUAGUUGAUUAGCCAGAUAUACUUUCACAGCUAGUAGAGAUACAGAAUAUACACUUUACCUACCCAUUAUAAAAUUCAUACGUCUUUAUAUAUAUACAUAUAUAUAUACAUUUAUUUAUUUAUUCAUUUAUUUAUUUAUAUACAUGGAGUGUUGGUUCAGAUGUCAUGUGUGAGUGAGGUGCAUGUGAAGUUGUUUAGGCUAUCGUCUAGUUUUAAUUAAUCCUAAUCCACUCCACUCACACAUACACAUAGUUUAGUAAAUAAUCUUUUCUCUAAUAUUUAACAAUUUAACUCAUAAUAAAUUAAAUUUAAAAAUUAAAUAAAAACACCCACUCACAAAUCUACCAAGUAAAGCAUGGUGUGUUUACUAUUUAAUUGUGUUUAGUUAUUAAACAUCUGUAUCCACUUGCAGCGUAAAUAAA